AUUUUUGGUGCAAUACUUCCCUGGACUGACUGUAUAGCUGCCUCUCUGUGCAGUUGGUCCAUAAAAGAUAUUGCCAAUAAACCAUUGCUUUCUAUACCUUGACGGCUCAAAAAUGACGGUGCAGAACUUCACUACAUUUUUUUUUUUUUUAAAACCUCCCCUUUUUCCAGGAGCAACGAUAAGAGAUUUGAGCCAACAGAGCCGUUUCCAGGAAGUUACAAGAGCCUGAAAUUUGAGUGAAAAUCCUUCUUCAGUCAUAAGAGCAGCAUUGCUGCUAUAUUACACCAUGGCAGGGCCUUUCUGUGGACUGGAUUGAUGGUGUUUAUGGGGUCCGUGCCUUAGCAAUAUCUUUGGCUGACCAAUUUAGGAGAGAGCUGUUAUAAAAGAAGUGUGUGCUGCUCUGCUGCCUUGGUAUCCAGAUGGACUCAUAAAAGCAGCUAUUUUUUUGUGUAGUUUUGCCCUCCCUCCACUAAAGCAAUUGGGUCGUGCAGCCACGCUCCUCUCGCUCCAAGGACCUUGGCAAUAUUCAUAGGAUCUGGAAUAUGACAAGGUGGUUAGAAAGCCGGCUCCCCAGCUGCGGUUCCCCCCUGCUACGAGCUUGUCUUUGCUGGAAGUGCGUAUGUUUUAGCUCUGUCGGGACAGCUAACGCGGUGCAAGUCCUUUAGUGUAGACACGAUCAUACUCCUGUAAAGGUGCUUUGCACCAUUAGGGUUUUUUUACAGGUAGGAAAAGAAAUAGCAAUAUCAAGAUAGGCCUCCUUUGCACUAGGAACACUGCACCCUUGCUUCCUUCUGAUGCAACUGUUUUGGUAAGGAAGAAAAAUCCCACUCCCACUUCUCCCCAUCAGCUGCUGGUCCCACCGGGGUUGGGUAAAUGUAGGUGAUAGUCAGGUAAAUGUAGCCUGAUGAUCUACCUGCAAUAAUUGGUUGGGCCAUUAGAUGAACAUGAGCAAGACUCAUAAGAGCAUAUAAAAACAUAAGACUUGUGAUUUACUGGGUCAGAUUGUGGGUCUGUCUUGCCCAAACUCCUGUUUUCUAUAGGGGCAGAAAGCGGAGGCUGGAAGGGGGAGCGAGCUGGGUCUGAGCAGGGUUUUCCCCUGCUCCUCUCUCCCUUGCAGCCUCCAGCAUUUAGGGUCUGAUGCAGACGCUGUGCUCCUUGCACCCUGCUCCAAACUCAGCAGGCCUGGCCUCUUGAGUCUCUUAAUCCUGAAGUUCCCUCUUAAAAAGCAGCCGCUGGGAACCAAAGGACUAUCGCCGGCUUCCCGGCCCCAAGAGGCAGCAGCUGGCCCUUUACGGCUGUCAUUUAUUGCAGUGUUUAGACUAAUAGCCCUUAUUCCUCUUAAAUACUUUACUGUGCUACAGAUGGGCUCGUGCCUCUCCAUUUCCUUUUUCUGACAGAUGGGUUUUGCACACACCCCCUUACAAAGCUCCCUUUGCUAGCACUGCAGCUAUACUCCUGCUAUCCCUAUCCAUAGGGAAAAUGACAAAAUACAGUAGCCAGGGCCCAAAAAGUUGCUUGGAGAGAGACCAAUGCCUCAACCCACAUGGUCUAUGGAGCUUGCCUCUGGUUGGCGCCGCCCUGGGCUGCCUCCGAGUCAGCAGAUGCAUCAACCUGUAGUGCUGUGAUAACCCGAGACCAACACCCCUCUCCUGCAUUUCCCUCUCCUUUCCCAGCCCUUGUUCCAGCUCUCCCGUGCCUCUUGGAGAGCUGUGCACCCCAGACCUUAGUCUGCUCCAGGAGGCUUGUCCUUAGGUCCCCUGAGUGCGUGUCCCCCAUGCACCGGCAGCUUUGAUAUCAUCCCGGCUUGCUCUUAAAAUACAUCACGAGUAUGCACCAAAAACCAGAGGCCUGAGAUCAAAACGAGCUGCCUCCACUGACGCAGGUUUUGCCCGCUUCAUGGGCAGCACAGGAGAGCAGGUGACUUGUGUUGCUGUAAGUGCACAAACGUCCUGUACACUUGGGCACGAUUGAUUGUGUGAUUGUCAUAAGAUCACGAGAGUGUAAGAGCUGUGUCAGAGCACAGGUCCGUCUGGCCCCGUCUCCGUGUCACGCCGGCAGGGAGCGGAGGCUGAAGGGAGGGCGAUUUGGGUCUGAGCAGGGUUUCCCUGUUCGUCUCUCCCUUGCAGCCUGCAUUGAAGGUCUAGAAAGCUCUGAUGCAGAGGCCGUGGCCCUCGCUCCCUGCUCCAUAGCUCCUGGCGCCUCUUUCCUUCAAGGAUGUGUCCGAUUUCCUUCGUGAAUCUGGCUGCGCUCGUGGUUCCCACCACAUCCAGUGGCCCUCAUCCCUGAGAUCUCCUCCCUGGCUUGGUUUACGACCGUGGUGCCCCUCGUCCUGGUGCUGACCGUGUCGGGCGUCAAGGAUGCCAUCGAUGACUUUAAUCGGCACAGGAGCGACAAUCACGUCAACAACCGCCCGGUGCAGGUGCUGAUCAACGGCAGGUUGAAGGAGGAUAAAUGGAUGAACGUCCAAGUCGGGGACAUCAUCAAACUAGAGAACAACAACUUUGUGACGGCUGACCUGCUGUUGCUGUCGAGCAGCGAGCCGCACAGCCUGACAUACAUCGAGACGGCCGAACUGGAUGGUGAAACCAACCUCAAGGUGAAGCAGGCGCUGACAGUCACUGCGGAGAUGGGAGAGGAUCUUCAGAAGCUGAGUGAUUUUAAUGGCGAAGUCAAAUGUGAGGCGCCCAACAACAAACUGGAUAAGUUCAUGGGGACUCUGACGGUCCACGGCGAGAAAUACGCCCUGGACAACGAGAAGAUGUUGCUGCGAGGCUGCACCAUCAGGAACACGGAGUGGUGCUUCGGGCUGGUCAUCUUCGCUGGGCCAGACACCAAGUUAAUGCAGAACAGUGGGAAAACAACAUUCAAACGGACGAGCAUCGAUCGGCUAAUGAACUUCCUUGUGCUUCUGAUCUUUGCCUUCUUGGCCCUGAUGUGCUUCAUCCUGGCGAUUGGGAACGGUAUCUGGGAGUACGACAAGGGCUACUACUUCCAGGUCUACCUGCCGUGGGCGGAGGGUGUGAACGCUGCUGCCUACUCGGGGUUCCUUAUGUUCUGGUCCUACGUGAUCAUCCUGAACACCGUGGUGCCCAUUUCCCUCUAUGUCAGCGUGGAGAUCAUUCGUUUGGGCAACAGCUUCUAUAUCGACUGGGACCGGAAGAUGUACUACCCGCUGAAGGACACGCCGGCGCAGGCCCGCACCACCACGCUCAAUGAGGAGCUGGGGCAGAUCAAGUACAUCUUCUCGGACAAGACGGGGACGCUCACCCAGAACAUCAUGGCCUUCAACAAGUGCUCCAUCAACGGGAAGUCCUAUGGUGAUGUGUACGACCUGAUGGGGAAUAGGAUUGAGAUUACCGAGGAGACGGAGAAGGUGGAUUUCUCCUACAACCCGCUGGCCGACCCCAAGUUUGUGUUCCACGACCACAGCCUGGUGGAAGCCGUGAAGCUAAAUGAUGCCCCGACGCACAGUUUUUUCCGCUUGCUCUCGCUGUGCCACACGGUGAUGCCGGAGGAGAAGGUGGAAGGUCAGUUGGUGUACCAGGCCCAGUCCCCCGACGAGGGAGCCCUCGUCACCGCCGCCAGGAACUUCGGCUUCGUCUUCCGCGCCCGCACGCCGGAGACCAUUACGGUGGUGGAGAUGGGGGAGACCAAGACCUACCAGCUCCUGGCGAUUCUGGACUUCAACAAUGUGCGCAAACGGAUGUCGGUCAUCGUGCGGAGCCCAGAAGGCAACUUGACCUUGUACUGCAAAGGGGCCGACACGAUCCUCUACGAGCUGCUGCAUCCUUCCUGCGGGGACCUCAAGGAGGAGACCACGGAGCACCUGAACGAGUUUGCUGGGGAAGGCUUGCGGACGCUGGUCGUGGCCUUCAAAAACUUGGAGGAAAAAUACUUUGAGGACUGGAUCAAGCGGCACCACCAAGCGAGCACGGUCCUGGAAGGGCGGGAAGAGAAGCUGUCCAAGUUGUACGAGGAGAUCGAGAAAGACUUAAUGCUGCUGGGCGCCACGGCCAUCGAGGACAAGCUGCAGGAUGGGGUCCCGCAGACCAUCGAGACCCUCAGCAAGGCCCACAUUAAACUCUGGGUGCUGACUGGAGACAAGCAAGAGACGGCGGUGAACAUCGGCUACUCCUGCAACCUGCUGUACGAUGACAUGGCCGACAUCUUCAUCAUCGAGGGCAGCACCUCCAACGAUGUCCUCACCGAGCUCAGGGAUGCCCGGAAGAAGAUGAAGCCGGAGUCCUUCUCGGAAAGCGACGAAGCGAACGUCCAGUUUGAAAAGAAAACCAAGAAGUCGUGCAUCCUGCCUGAGGAGCAAGCCAACGGGGUGUACGGCCUCAUCAUCAAUGGCCACAGCCUGGCCUAUGCGCUGGAGGGGAACCUGGAGCAGGAGCUGGUGCGGACGGCUUGCAUGUGCAAGGUGGUGAUCUGCUGCCGGGUGACACCGCUGCAGAAGGCGCAGGUGGUGGAGCUGGUGAAGAAGUACAAGAAGGCCGUGACGCUGGCCAUCGGCGAUGGAGCCAACGACGUCAGCAUGAUCAAGACCGCCCACAUCGGGGUGGGGAUCAGCGGCCAGGAGGGGAUGCAAGCUGUGCUCUCCAGCGACUUUUCCUUUGCGCAGUUCCGCUACCUGCAGCGCCUGCUCUUGGUCCACGGCCGGUGGUCCUACAUCCGCAUGUGCAAGUUCCUCCGGUACUUCUUCUACAAGAACUUCGCCUUCACGCUUGUCCACUUCUGGUAUGGCUUCUUCUCCGGCUUCUCUGCACAGACGGUGUAUGACGAGUGGUUCAUCACCCUUUACAACCUCAUCUAUACCUCUCUCCCGGUGCUAGGGAUGAGUCUCUUUGACCAGGACGUGGACGACCGCUGGAGCAUGCAGUUCCCCCAGCUCUACACGCCCGGGCAGCAGAACCUGUAUUUCAACAAGGUAGAGUUCGUCAAGUGCAUGCUGCACGGGGUCUACAGCUCCCUCAUCCUCUUCUUCAUCCCCUACGGCGCCAUGUAUGACACCAUGCGGAGCGACGGCAAGGCCGUUGCUGACUACCAGUCCUUCGCCCUCAUGGCCCAGACCUGCCUGCUCAUCGUGGUCUCUGUACAGAUCGGGCUGGACACUGCCUACUGGACAGCUGUGAACCAAUUCUUCAUUUGGGGCAGCCUCGCUGUGUACUUUGCCAUCACCUUCACCAUGUACAGUGACGGCGCGUACCUGAUCUUCACGGCCUCCUUCCCGUUUGUCGGUACCGCCAGGAACACCCUGAGCCAGCCCAACGUCUGGCUGGCCAUCUUCCUCAGCAUCAUCCUCUGCGUGCUGCCUGUGGUCGGCUACCGGUUCCUGAAGGUGCAGCUCAAGCCGACGGUCAGUGACAAGGUCGUACAGAAGAUAAAGGAGCAUAAGAAGCGGCCCCUGCCCCCCUCGCCCAAGAGGCGCCUACGCCGGACCAGCACCCGCCGCUCGGGCUAUGCCUUCUCCCACCAGCACGGCUUCGGCGCCCUCAUCAUGUCGGGCAGGAACAUGCGGCCGAAGUCGCCCUUUGGCGCCACAGGGAUGUUUUCCCCCAACAGCGAGAAAAACCGACACAAGUGAGAGCCAGGAAGAGACGCCAGCUGGGCUCUGCAUAGCUGCCCGGACACAGCCCUGCAAUGGGGAUCAGGGCCUUCUCCUUUCAUCCGUGCUGCUCUGUGACUUGUGCUCCCAGGCCGAGGGGCACGGGGGCAAUUCUGCUCCCGCCGGCCUGCAAGGGGUUGGAGCGCGUGGUGCAAAGCUGGGUGCGCUCACGAGAUCUCCCGUGGUGCCAUCCUUUUGUCCCUCGAUGCAAUACCUCAGAGCACGGCGAUGCUCCAGGGGAGGGAGGCUUGGUGUCGGAAACUCUGCCGUCCCCAUGGCUUUGCCUCUGCUGUGAGUGAUGGCAGGGGGAUGCCCCUCCCUGUAGCAGCUCCAGGACCCCCAGGGAUGACCCUGGCCCUGAGAUGCAAGCCCCUUGCUCCCAAAUGGUUGCAUGGCAAGCCUGGAUCUGUGCUGGGCUUGAGCACUUUGGAGGGCACGGGGCAGGGGAUGACCCCCCAAGUCAGUCCAGUGCUGGUCCCUGCUAUGUGGCCCUUGUUCCACGGCAAAGCUCUUCAUCCCUGCACCGACCGGAGCAGUGAUGUCCAGGUGCAAGGACUUGUCACCUGGGUGUCCCAGCUGGCUCUCACGGCAGGGCAGACCCAGCCAGGGUCAAGUACACCUUGCCUUGGGACUCUCACAGGGUGGCACCGGGGCAUCGGAGGGCAGAGACUGCCCCGCUGCUGCAGGGCCGGGUUGGGGGCUGCUUCUGUGCAAUGCAUGGGGUCGGCCUGGUGGUCUUCUGCCCUCGCCUCUCCUGAACAGCAAGGGCGAGAAGGUGCUCAGGACCGGGAGCAAUGCAGUUUCCCCAUACCCGUGAGGAUCUGCCAGCUCUUUUGGCCUUGCACGCAUGGGUUCAUCCACCGUCAGCUGGGAGGAUCUCCAGUGCAUCAAACCACCAGCCGAGAAACAGGAGCUGUUGAGCGGUUUGGCUUGCGGUGGGGUCCUGGCUUCAACGGUGACCCUGUGAAGCUGCUCGGGCACUAGCUCCCCUUUGGUUUGGCUCUUGGGGACCCAUGUGUGCAGGCAGAUGGGUGUGUUGGCGUGGCGGCUUGGAGCGUGGUCGCUGUGCCGGCCCGAGCAGCCCCGCCUGUGCCGGUCCCGAGCUGUGAUGCGCUCCUGGUAUCGCACGGUGUUUUGUAAACCCGUUUUUUAACAAUAAAUCGUGACCAAUGGG